AUGUGUGCGGCACUCACCCACCCGCGGCAUGAGCAGCGCCGGGUCCGGCGGCCCGCCAGCCUCACGCUUUGGGAUGAGGAGGACUUCCAGGGUCGUCGCUGCCGGCUGCUGAGUGACUGUGCCAACGCCAGCGAGCGUGGAGCCCUGCGCAGGGUGCGCUCUGUCAAGGUGGAAAACAGCGCAUGGGUGGCCUAUGAAUACCCCGACUUCCAGGGACAGCAAUUCAUUCUGGAGAAAGGAGACUAUCCUUGCUGCGGUGCCUGGAGCGGCAGCAGUGGCCACCACAGCAACCAGUUGCUGUCCUUCAGGCCAGUGCUCUGUGCGAACCACAGAGACAGCUGUGUGACACUGUUUGAAGGGGAAAACUUCCAAGGAUGCAAAUUUGAACUCAGUGAUGAUUACCCAUCACUACCCUCCAUGGGCUGGGCCAGCAAGGAUGUGGGUUCCCUCAAAGUCAAUUCUGGAGCGUGGGUGGCCUACCAAUACCCAGGCUACCGAGGCUACCAGUAUGUAUUGGAACAGGACCGACACAGUGGAGAAUUCCAUACCUACAGUGAGUUCAGCACACAGGCCCACACUAGACAGCUGCAGUCCAUUCGGAGAGUCCAGCACUAGGCUCCACACUCCCAAUCACCACCCCUAAAAACCCUCAAUAAAGGCUCCUGAACCUGCCUGCC